AUGGUUUAAGUUAUGCUGAAAGGUAUUUUAUUGGUGCAUUGAAACAUAUGCUCUGUUUUCAGUAAGGUGACACGAGUUUGCUCCACAAUCCAAUGUAAAUAUGUCCAAUGUAAAUAUUACUUUUUAAAUAAGGUUGAUAGCGCUUUAUAUCACUUUGCAUACACAACCCCCUGAAAAUUGCUGAACAUGGAGGAUGAAGAGGUCCUGCAUAUUGACCCAGACUUUGAGCCCAAAAGCAGGCCCAGGUCAUGCACGUGGCCGUUACCAAGGCCCGACAUCUCUGCUGUCAAACAGGAGGGCCUUGGCAACGGCGAGAAUCAGCCACUGCAGGCUCCACCCACUCACGAUAACCAGAGGCAGACGCAGCACACGGAGGGGCAAGUGGAGAGUGUGCCGCCGCCGGACUUAGGUGCUGUGGUUGGCGUGGGUGGAGCCACGCCGAGGAAGGGAGCCUCACGGCGCAACCCCUGGGGAAACCAGUCCUAUGCGGACCUGAUAAGCCAGGCGAUCGAGAGCUCACCAGAGAAGCGCCUCACCUUGGCGCAGAUAUAUGACUGGAUAGUCAACUCUGUGCCCUAUUUCAAAGACAAGGGGGACAGCAACAGUUCAGCGGGGUGGAAGAAUUCGAUCUGCCACAACCUUUCCUUGCACAGUAAAUUUCUGCGGGUUCACAACGAAUCUACCGGCAAGAGCUCCUGGUGGAUUCUGAACCCAGAGGGAGACAAGAGUGCCAUCAAGAUCGCAAAGGAUCCUCGUCCACGAGCCACCUCGAUGGACAACAGCAACAAGCUGCAAAAGAGCCGCAGACUUGCCAGACAGGCAAAGCAGGAAGGAGGAGCAGCUGCUUUCCAACAAAGGGAAGCCAGUGUUGGCUCAGUGGAAGCAGAAAGCCCCAGCUCCUCGCAAUCGACCCUUGGACCCUCGUCUCGUAGUGGCCUUGAGGACCCAGAUGUGUGGACUGGCUUUCGGUCACGUGCGAACUCUAGUGGCAGCACUCUGAGUGGUCGGUUAUCUCCCAUUGUGCCCUUGCAGGAGGAUGAAGAUGAGCCACAACGUGAUGGCCUGUUGGGAGGGUAUACAACUAGUGGCAUGCCCACAUCCCUUACUGAGCCGCUUAUGGAGGAGCUGGACCUAAUUGAUGGGCUCACUCUAAUGAAUAGGCAGCUGGGAAAGACCACCUCUGCAACAUCUUCCAGCUUUGCCGCACUGCAGCUGUUGCAAGCUGCAAAGCCUCCAGUGCCUCUAACUCAGAGUGAGCUGCAGUCUCCGGUCUCACAGGGUAGAGGCGCCACCUCAAACUUUGUCACUCCUGCCUUUAACUCUGUGCUUAGCCCUGGUUCUCAGGGUGAGGGCUACAGAGCUCAUUUGUCAUCCAGGCUUGAGGCACUUCUUGUCUCUGAUUCACCCCCACCAAGUGACAUUGUGAUGGCCCAAGUGGAGCCAGAACCACCUAGUCAAGGAAGUACAGGGAUACUUCACCUUGGGGGUUCUCAUGCAGAUAGACAUGGGCUCCCCAGUAACACUGUGCUAGGAGAAGACCUUGACAAGAGCUUGUUGUUCCCCACAAGCCUACAUCUGCCUCAGCAGCUGCAGUCCCAGUUACGGCUGCUCUUUGAAGGGGGGAUCUCUUCAGCAAGUGGCAGUGGAAGUUUCCCUGCAGCUGGUCCUUUGGGGGAACCAAGUUCCUCAAUAACAGUUGAGGGCCAGAUGCCUACGGACUUGAACACUGAGAUGUUCACAGAGGAUCUAGACUGUGAUGUAGACUACAUUAUCAAAAGUGACCUCAUGGAUGGGGAAGACAUAGACUUCAACUAUGACCCGAUGCUGCCAGUGAAUCAAAGCUAUCCUGCCACUGUGAGCACACCGGACCCCUCGGUGAGCUGGGUGCCUAGCCAAGUGAUCAGCAUCCCCUACAACUGA